AUUAUUUGUUUACACUUUUUUCAUUUGGAGUUUGGAGAAAAUAUUUUGUAAUCUCUUCACUUUUGUACCUUUACCUAUUCUGAAUAGUCCUAUUAUAAGAAUUAUGAAUUAAUAUUAUAAUUAUUACAGUUCAAUUAUAUUUUGAUUAUGAACUUGUUUAGAACAGUAAAAGAAUAUACAUUCUUUAUACGAUUUUGUUAUAAUUUUUAAAGCAUUUAUGAACGGUGAUGUAACCAUAACUUGAUUUUCCAACAAAAGAUGGACACUAGUCGCAAUACAGUUGCAGCCAUAUUAGAAGAAGUGAGAGAUGAUGUGCAAAGUUCAACUAGUCGUUUAUCACAUCCAAUCCGCCCAACGAGCACUAAUGAUGCUAAUAAAAUUGUCAUUUAUGUUCAAGACAAAAAUCGUUUUGUGAAGACUGAACAGCAUGAUUUCUUUAAUCAUGUAAAUGAUCAUCCACCUUCUUCAGAGAACUACAAUAAUUUACGUCCAAUAGCAGCAAGAGUUCAAAGGGUAUUUGCAUCUUUAGGCACUGUCAGUCAAGGUCUUCUAGCAGGAGUAGCGUUAGCACAAUUAUUUUUGGGUGAAGCAUCUCAACGAUCACCAUUAAUAUUGAUGUCAUUUUUCUUAUUAUCGACUAUAUGUAUGUGCACAGUUCUAGAUAUUUUUGACUUGUACAGAUGUGAGAGCUUCAAACCAAAAUAUAUUUUAGUAUUAUUCUUAAGUGUAUUAACAGCUUUAGCUGCAUUUGCAUGUACUACAUAUGAUACAGCUAUUAUGUCAGGUAGCAAAGUGGAAGCCAAAGUUUCGGAGACUUGGCGAGCAUUAAACUGCUGUCGAUGUUAUGGUGCUGUUCUUGGAUGGAUUAUUAUUAUUAUUAUGAAACCUAAAGAUCAAUUAGCAGAAUUUUUAAAUAUUGAUUAAUUUUUAAGUUAAAAAAUAUGAAAAUUCACUAAACAUAUUCACUAUUUUACAUUUGGGUAUUAUGGAGUGUGUUAGGAGAAGAUUAAUACAAGAAAUUCACAAAUGUGAAAAUCAAAUACAUCAGUUAAUGUUUAUGAGUUUUUAGAUUGAUCCAUUUACUGUAGAGUGUCCUAGUAUAAAGCCAAAUCACAUCUAAAUUGCACAUCACAGUAUUGUCAGCCUGGCUUAACAAAGGGCUUAUGGAUCAGUUUUUUGAGUGGAAUCCCAUAAUGAAAUACUAAGGCCCCAAAAAAAACUCAGGACAGCAUUGACCCCUGUAAAAAAAUUACCUAUAAUUUAAUAUUUCUAUAAAUACUUUAUGGGGUCACUUCUCCUUAUAAAGACCAGGAAAACUCCAAACAAA